AUGCUGAAGUUCAUCUUGCCCUUCCUCUGUGCUCUGAGCGUUUCUGCUCAGUUCCGUGGCGAAUGUGAGCAGCCCCUUCAUCACGGAGUUCAACAGUGCACCAACACUUCUUCCAUCAGAGUAAGUCGUCUCCCAGCCACUAUUUAUUGUCAUUUCUUCCAGUUCCAUCUGGACUCUGCCACCAAACGCUGCCUCGCCUUCAAAUAUUCUGGCUGCGGCGGAAAUGCCAACAACUUUGCCAGUUACCAAGAGUGCCAGAGCUUCUGCUUCCCAAUGGACUACUUCACCUGCCCGGCUGGAAGUAAGGCUGUGCCGAACAAGAACGGAAAGGUCAACUGCGGAGGAUUCGAGCAAUUGAAGUGCGACGGACCCAACGCCUACUGUAUCAACGGUCCCUUCACCGGACUUUGCUGUGAUUCUUCGAUUAGAGGUAUUCGGAAAGGAGAGUACUCAUCUUUUCUCGAUUUCAGAUAAGGUCAAUGACGAUUACGAGAAGGAGUGCGGACCAGGAAAGCAGAAGCAUCAAAUUGACAUUGGAGGAAUCGAGAUUCCGUUGUUCGGAAAGUCGUGCGAUUCCACGUUCUGCCCAUCCAACACCACGUGUCAUCAGGGCAACUACUUUGCCUACUGUUGCGUCUAA